AUGAGGCACACGUACUUCCAGAACGGACAAGUGAUUCGGCACGACUAUGGCUACAUGCCAGUGAAAAACGCCACAAGGCGAGAUCCUCGAGUGCACGUCGCCUAUUUGACUACUUCUAGUGAGGGUACGUUUGAACGACAAUUUGAGAUGCCAUCGUACAACCAAAUGGUUAUGAGAGUUCGUGCAGAGACAAAUAUGGACACUGAAGGAUACACUGCCUUUUAUAAAAGAUUACUCGGAUGA